AUGACUGAGGGAAUGCUAUCCAAGUCAACCCUCCUACUGUUGAUAUACGAAAUUAUAAAAGUGAACAAUGAGAUUUUGCAGAGGAGUGAAUUCGCAUUAAGCAGUGAUGACUCCGACGAUGACAACGUUGGGGGGGGAUCAACAGAAAAGAGGUUACCCUACGGGGAGGAGGAGGCAGAAGCGGAUGUGGGAACCCCCCCCCAGGAGGAGGGUAAUAUUAGUGCAGAUGUUCACGACCGUCCGAAUGGAAACCUGCUUGGAGAUGACGCUCCCUCCCCCAACGCGCAUAAGCCAAGCGGCACAGGAAAGGACAACCCCACGUACCCACCCCACAGUGGAAAGGAAAAAAAGGUAGCCAAUAUUUUAUCUGGGAAAUUAAAAAGCAUGGGAAAAGACAUCGGCAGGAAGCUCAUCGAGAGAGUACUCAUUUACAAAAACGAUUUUUGUGACCUUAAGGACAUUGCCAAACUGAUCGGAAGAGACGUGUGGGUUAUUUUGUUCAAUAAAAAUGUAGAUAAAAUACAGACCUACAAAAAAGGGGUGUAUGUGCUUACCGACAACGAUAUGGGCUCUUACCUAAACCAUUUGCUUCUCGACAACGAGACGAACCAAAAGUCCAACUUUACUCACCACGUGCUUGUGUUAAUAGUUGGUAUCAUCAAAGGCGUUCUGAAGCGGUUCCGCAUCAAGGGUUCCGUCACCUACACAUUGGACUACCCCACUUGCUCCUUCCAAAUAAAUAUAAUGGAUGAAUAA